AUGAACCCUCAUCUUCCUCCUCGAGCCUCCCCCACCGACUCCUUCGAAUACUACCGCUUCCACCCCUCCCUCCCAGCAGCGGUCACCUUCGUCGCCCUCUUCGCCCUCGCAACCGGCCUGCACCUCUUCCAGAUGAUCCGCGUUCGCACAUGGUUCAUGAUCCCGUUCGUCAUCGGCUGCGGACUCGAAGCAAUCGGAUACGUAUUUCGAAUCGUUUCGUCAACGGAAGCGCCCGGUCCCUAUAGCUUGGCCCCGUAUCUGUUGCAGGCGGUGCUCAUCCUUAUUGCGCCGACGUUGUUUGCCGCGUCGAUCUACAUGGAGCUGGGGAGGAUUGUGUUGAUGAUUGAUGGGGAGAGGGCGUUGUUCGUCAGGAGGAAGUGGUUGACGAAGAUCUUCGUGACUGGAGACAUCAUCGCUUUUGGCAUCCAGUCCUCAGGAGGCUCGUUACUCAGCAGCGACACGCCCAGCACCGUCGAUAUCGGAAAUAUCAUCGUCAUCGUCGGCUUGUUUGCACAGAUCAUAUUCUUCGGCCUCUUCAUCGGAGCGGCGACCAUCUUCCACGUCAAGAUGGGCAAGGCGCAGACACAGCUGGCUCGCGAACGACCUUGGACGAAGCAUAUGAUCAGUCUGUACAUUGUCAGCGCACUCAUCUUCAUCCGAUCGAUCAUUAGAGUGGUGGAGUAUGUGCAGGGCGAAGAUGGGUACAUCAUGACGCACGAGGUGUUCAUCUAUGUCUGCGAUGCAGCGUUGAUGUUCGCAGCGGUCGUGACGAUGAGUGUGAUCCAUCCUGGACAGGUUGCGAAGUAUGUGAGGGCGAUGGAGAGUGAUGAGUAUAGGAAGUGUGAGUCGAGAGAGUCGAGGAGGAACAUGUUGGAGAUGUCGUGA